UCUUGCUCAAAAGAAAAGCCAUUUGAAUGCCUCUAGACAUGUAGAAUGUAGCUCAUCAUUUCUUUUAAUGCCCUAUCCUCUUUGACUGGGAAUGCUAAAAGAGAUGAGUGAGUCAAGAAACUCUUGAUUAAAACUUAUCUCUAGGAUCCUGAGGUGCGAAUGACAAAAGUCUGAGUGGGUGGUUCUCCAGCGGGAAGGUGAAAAGGAAGUGAUGGUCAUUAAAACGUGAGGCAAUGCAGAGUUUUGAACAGAGACUCUCAUCUGCAUCCUGACAGAGGGAAGAUAAGGUGGCGGCACAGCUCAUGGUGCUUUCCUGGAAUACAAUCUGCAUUUUGACACUCUCUGCUUAAGCACUGCCCAUCUGUAUAUUAUUCAGCCAGAGCCUCUGGGGAGAAAGAGGAGCUACAGGCACAGAGGAGAGAGAGAGAGAAAGAGAGAGAGAAGAGAGGAGGGAAGCAAAGGCACUCCUUUAAUAGGGGCUGGCUUUCAAACAGCCUUAGAAGUGCCACAUCUGGAAGCUGAAACUUAAAAUAACUGAGGCACCACUAAACCAGGAGGGGGGCCACCGAUUAAAGCAGAAGCAAGCACAGGGACGAAGAAGCUGCAUCGGUGGACGUGAGGGGAGGAGAUGGCUUUGAUCUUGGCCUGGCCCCUGGUUGUUCCUGUCUUCCUCCUGGGAUAUCUCUCCUUCAGCUCUGCUUCAACGGAGGGCAACGUUUUUCAUUUUGACACUGAAGGGAGCUCAGCAGUCGGUAGCCCAGAGGACGCACUUCUCAGAGGGCAGCAACAAACUGUAGUUUUGGGAAGUUGGCCGCACUUUGCUGAGAGAUGCCAAGAAGGGUUUUUCCAAACUUUUUCAGGACAAUGCAGCCCUUGUGAUUGCAACAACAAUGCCUUCAAGUGCCUUGAUGGAUCUGGAGUUUGUCUGGAUUGUCAACGAAACACAACUGGAGAACACUGUGAAAAAUGUCCUGACGGCUACCUGGGUGAUGUCGUCAGGGGAGCACCCACUUUUUGCCAACCGUGUCCUUGCCCUUUGCCACUGCUUGCCAACUUUGCAGAUUCCUGUUACAGAAAAAAUGGAGUGGUGCGCUGUAGGUGCAAAGAGAAUUACGCAGGGCCAAACUGUGAAAGGUGUGCCCCUGGUUACUAUGGAAAUCCCUUGCUCAUUGGCAGUUCCUGCAGAAAAUGUGACUGCAGCGGCAACUCAGAUCCUAAUCUAAUCUUUGAGGACUGUGAUGAAAUGACUGGCCAAUGUCGCAACUGCAUGCGCAACACGACAGGGUUCAAUUGUGAACUAUGUGCUCCUGGUUAUUAUGGGAGUGCUAGAAUACCUAAUGGUUGUGCAGCAUGCAACUGCGGAGGAGGACCUUGUGACCGUCGAACAGGGGAAUGCCUAGCAGAACCUCCAAUGCCUCCUCCAGGGACGGAUUGUCCUGUUAUUAGCUGUGACAAAUGCAUUUGGGACUUGACAGACGAUAUUGGCUUGGCAGCUCAGUCCAUCGAUGAAAGCAAAGAAACUCUCCUUAGCAUCUCCACUGGGGUUGCUGCUCACAGACAUUUGCAUGACCUCAAUUCCACCACUUUCAUCCUCAAGGUAAAACUAUCUGAAAAGGAUAAUGCUUCUGGACUGAUGAAGAGCCAGAUUGAUCAUGCAGCCAACGAGAUGACUGAUCUUCUCAAAGAAAUCAAUGCACUUGAUGAAAAGAGAAAUCAAGAAUCAAAGAAAGGCCUACUGGUACAGAAGGAAACCAUGGAGAUCACAGAUCGUGCUAGUAUUCUUGUGCAGGCACUUGAAAAUAUGAUAGAUAAUGUCCAGGAAAUCAACAGCAAGGUGGAAUACUAUGGGGUGGAGCAUGAUCUGAGGCCUGAAGAUAUCACCCAGAAGCUCAAGGUAGCAGAAGAGAUGAUGAAGGACAUCAGAGCCCGCAAGCCAUUCACCAUUCAAAUGCAACUUGCAGGCGAAGAAUCUGAAGCAGCACAGGAUUUGCUAAAACAAGUUGAACAGUGGCAGCAGAGACACAAUGAAAGCAGAUCUCUGAUUCCUGACAUACUGACCCAGCUUGCAGAGCACAACACCAAGCUCACAGACUUGCAAGAAACCCUGGGCCAAGCGGCGGAUUUUAUCCACAAAGUUGACACAAUGAAUAAGGAAAAUAUUGCAACACUUCAAGAUUAUGAGAAGCAACAAGAAAAAUUGGAGGGACGGAUUAACAGUGUCAACAAUACUUUGUUAACAGCUGAAGAUAUUUUAAAUGUACCCGUUCAAAUCAACUUAUAUCUAAGUGAAGCAAUCCAGAAUGCAUCUGGAUUCUAUGCAGAAAUAGAUGGUGCUAAAAUACAACUACAGGACAAAAUUUCCAACCUCUCAAGAUUCGACGAUGACUUGGUGCAAAGGGCUAUGGAGUAUGCAGAGGAGCUUCAUGUUCGUGCAAAUGAGCUCGACAGGACCUUGCAUGGUGUAGAUACAAAUGGUUUAGUUAAAAAAGCAUUAAAUGCUUCCAAUGUUCAUGAAAAUAUCAUAAAUUAUGUUAAUGAAGCCAAUCAAAUAUCUAUAUUGGCAUUAAACACUACAGAGCGAGUCAGUGAUGCUGUUGUUGGAAUCGGCACCCAGAUAAUUUACCAUAAAGAGGAAAGCAACAAACUUCUCAAGCAAGCAAUAGAACAGGAACGAGCGUCAUAUGCUAAUGAUUUAGCUGCUGCAGACACAGAGCAACGUGUUAAUGGAACUCUUGAUAGGAAGAAUUAUCUUAAAGGCCAUUUUAUGAAAGCCAUUGCAAAAAUACAGACAUCAGAGCAAGACAAUGCAAGACAGCGUUUGGAGCAGCUUAAUGUCAUUAUUAAUCAAACACUAAAUACAGCUGCCACAGUGACCCAGACUACUGGUCCAAUGGCCGAUAAUCUGACCAAAUGGUCCCAAGACCUGAGGAAUUUCAAACCUGAAAGAGCAGCUUUUGAACGUGUCACUGUCACAACAAGGGAUACAGUGAAGCAACUCACAGAAGUUGUCCCGCAGUUGCUCGAUAAGCUGCGUACUGUAGAACAGAAACAGCCAGCCAACAAUGUCUCAGCCAGCAUCCAGAGGAUCAGAGAGCUGAUUGCACAGACAAGGAGUGUAGCAAACAAGGUUCAGGUUUCAAUGUCAUUUGAAGGUCAGUCAGCUGUUGAAGUCAAUCCCCCAACAACCGCAGAAGACAUAAAAGCUUUUACUUCUUUGUCUUUGUACAUAAUGCUUCACAAGGACAAUCCAGAUCAGGCAGCACCUCGGGAUCAGUUCAUUCUUUAUCUAGGAAGCAAAAACACAAAAAAUUAUCUUGGUCUUGCAAUUAAGACUGACAACCUGGUUUACAUUUAUAAUUUGGGCAGUGGCGAUGUGGAGAUACCACUAGACUCCAAACCAGUCAGCUCUUGGCCUCCUUACUUCAGUCUUGUUAAAAUUGAAAGAAUUGGGAAACAUGGGAAAGUUUUUCUCACUGUACCAAGUCUCAGCAGCACAGCUGAAGAAAAAUUCAUCAAAAAAGGAGAGGUUCCUGGUGAUGAUUCACUGUUGGAUCUGGAACCCAAAAAUGCAGUUUUCUAUGUUGGAGGAGUGCCUCCAGAUUUUCAGCUCCCACCAAGCUUGGACUUGCCUGGCUUUUCUGGAUGCUUGGAACUUGCUACAUUAAAUGAUGACGUCCUCAGUUUGUACAAUUUCAAAAAUAUCUACAACAUCACCAAAUCUGUACCUUGUGCCAGGGAUAAGCUGGCCUUUACACAGAGCCGAGCUGUAAACUAUUUCUUUGAUGGCUCUGGCUAUGCUUUGGUGAGGAACAUUGAGAGAAGAGGGAAGUUUGGCCUAGUGACACGUUUUGAUAUAGAAGUUCGAACACCAACCGACAAUGGACUUCUCCUCCUGAUGGUUAAUGGGACUAUGUUCUUCAGCCUAGAAAUGCAAAAUGGAUACUUAUAUCUGCAGUAUGAUUUUGGCUUCAGUAAUGGUCCUGUAAUUCUAGAGGAUUCUACAAAGAGAGCUCUGAUCAAUGAUGCAAAAUUCCAUGAGAUAUCUGUUAUAUACCAUAAUUCCAAGAAAAUGAUCUUGGUAGUGGACAGGAGACACAUAAAAAGCAUGGAAAAUGAAAAGAAAAGCAUGCCAUUUACUGAUGUCUAUAUAGGAGGGGCCCCCGUUGAGGUUUUAAAAUCUAGUGGUGUCAGUUCCCACUUGGCUGUCAGUACUGGCUUUAGGGGCUGCAUGAAAGGUUUCCAGUUCCAAAAGAAGGACUUCAACUUGUUGGAAGAGCCAGGAACUCUGGGAAUUGGUUAUGGCUGCCCAGAAGAAUCACUUAUGUCCCGCAAAGCAUAUUUCAAUGGAGAAAGCUACAUUGCAUCAAGCCAGAAAAUCGCCUUUCAUUCAUUUGAAGGGGGCUUUAAUUUCCGAACUUUACAGCCAAAUGGAUUGCUGUUCUAUUCUACUGAAGGAUCAGAUGAGUUCUCCAUUUCCAUGGAUAAGGGAGCUGUUGUUUUAAAUGCACAAGGUGUCAAAGUUCAAACAGCAGACAGAUCCUAUAAUGAUGGAAAAUCCCACUUUGUCAUUACAUAUGUCUCACGAGAAAGGCUUGACCUUUUAGUAGAUGAACAAAAGCAGAGCAAGGACAAUUCUGGGGAAAAUAGAAUUGAGGAAAAGCCAGCAAGCACAAAAAAAAUCUUCUUUGGAGGCUUUCCCAUCAGUAGUGAAUUUGCCAACUUCACUGGUUGUAUAAGCAAUGCCUAUUUUGCAAGAUUGGAUCGAGAUGUUGAGGUGGAAGACUUCCAGCGGUAUCCUGAGAAAGUCCAAGCAUCCCUUUAUGGAUGCCCUGUUGAAACUCCUCCAGCUGCCCUUUUCCAUAAGAAAAGAAAAAAUUCCGCCAGAUCCAAAGGAAGCCACAGUAAAAGGGUUGGUAAAGAAGACUCUUCACUGUUUCCAUCAAGCAUUAAAAAAACAGAUCAAGAACUGAGAGUUCAUCAGGCCCCACACUGCCACCUACCUAAUAACCCCAAAGCAAUUGAACAUAUGUAUCUGUUUGGAGGAACAGCAAAUAGCCGGCAAGAAUAUGAUUACUUACCAAAGGAUUUCAAUGAAAGGUCUCACUUCUCCAUUACCCUGAAAACUCAUUCAUCCCAUGGCAUGAUUUUCUAUGUUUCUGAUCAAACUGAGGAACAUUUCAUGGCUUUUUUUAUCGCACAUGGCCGUCUAAUUUUUAUGUUUAACAGUGGAAACCAAAAAUUAAGAAUUAGAACUCAAGAGAAGUACAAUGAUGACCAAUGGCACAAUGUAAUGUUUGUUCGGGAAAAAAAUACUGGUCGCUUGGUAAUUGACGGUCUCCGAGUGCUAGAAGACAGUCUUUCUUCAUUUGAUAACACAUGGCAUGUCUCUAGUCCUUUUUACAUAGGAGGUGUGGCUCCUGGAAAAGCUGCCAAGAAUAUUCAGAUCAACUCAGUCUACAGUUUCAGUGGUUGUCUUGGCAGCUUACAGCUCAAUGGAAGGCCAGCCAUGUCUCCUUCACAAACAUUUAGUGUGACACCUUGUUUUGAAGGACCAUCAGAGGAAGGAACAUAUUUUUCAACAGAAGGGGGAUAUAUUAUUCUUGAUGAAUCAUUCAGCUUGGGCAUGAAAUUUGAAGUUGUUUUUGAAAUCCGUCCUCGAAGCAAUACAGGUAUCCUAAUGCAUGCACACAGUGUCAGCAGAGAGUUCCUGAACAUACACAUGAAAGAAGGACAGGUAAUUGUAAAGCUCAACAAUGGAAUCAAGGACUUUUCAAUUUCUGUUAUACCAAAGCAGAAUCUCUGUGAUGGCCAAUGGCACAGAAUUGCUGUGAUCAGAGACGCCAAUGUGGUGCAGCUGGAUGUAGACUCUGAAGUGAAUCAUGUAGUUGGACCAUUAAAUCCCAAAGCAACUGACCAUAGGGAGCCUGUCUUUGUUGGAGGAGUACCAGAAUCUCUUCUCACAUUCAGUUUAACUACGCGCAACUCCUUUAAUGGAUGCAUCCGUAACUUUAUGAUUGAUGAAAGCCCAGUGAGUUUCAGUAAGGCUGCUUUGGUUAGUGGUGCUGUAAGCAUCAAUAGAUGUCCUGCUGCCUGAAAGGUGACAAACUACACAACUGCAAGGACCUGUGUAGCGCCAAAGGAGAAAUUCUAGCCAAAGAAGCUGUGAUGUAUUUAAUUUUAAGUACCAAAGAAAAUAAAAUAUAUUGCUCAGUAUAUGUGCAUGAUUAAACAUUAUGCUUAUAAUCACUCCUAAUAAUGUGUUUCCUGCAGCAACAACAAAAAUAAGAAACAGCCUAAUUAUUUGCAGUGCACCCUGUCAAAAUUAAGAUCAUCAGCCCAAACCUAUGCAGGUGUGAGUGUGCCUGAACCCACUAAAAUAACAAGUUUAGGUAUUUCUAGUUCAAUAUAGAUUGGCAGCUAAUACAUAAAUCUCCAAGCCUGAGCAUACUGAUGAAAUAUGCAAUAUGCAAAGAUGUAUCUCAUUCCUUAUACACUAUUGUGCUCUGUAUAUAUUUCCCUUAUGGGGAAGAGGAAAAAAUGCAUCUCGGUUGAAUACUAUUGGGACCCUUCAUGCGGAGGCACUGUGUUUGAAAUAUAGAUAAAUUCUGUACAUGGUUUGUACUAAAUGCACCGGCUACAUGUACCUUACAGAAUAAAUUUUUAAAUAGACAUGCUUCACAAA